AAAAUAAUGAAUAAUAAUAAUAAAUGACCACAUAUAUCAAUCAAACAAAUCUGUAUUUACCUUGCCCGGGACGGAGUCCACCAGGGGGUGAGGUAUUGUUUUCGGUGAGGUUUCUUUGUUAGCAAUGUUGCGGGAAAAUGGCUGGACCCAAUCUUCAGGAUAGAUGGGCAUUGGUCUCAAAUAGAACCUCCAACAUUUUGAGGGUCAUCUGGUCAAGGUCACCAAAAAUGUCAAAAUAAUUUGUUUCGUGAUAUCUUCCUUCAUAUUCGUCAUAUUUACUUCAAACCAAUUCCAAACUGUUCAUCUUUCAAUUCUGCUUCCAUUGCUAUGUUACAUGAUGGGGUAUCUCUCGUAGUUUUCUGAGCGGUUGGGGGUCAAAUGUCAGGGGGUUCAAGGUCAUUGCUAAAAUUUGCAUAUUUUCCAUUAGAACUCGAAAACGGUUAGAGAUAGAGAGAUGUUUAUCAUUAAUCAACAUAUAGGAAGUCAUAUAUGCGCUAUCAUUUGGCACCAUGACCUUUGUUUGUUUGUGUCUGUCUGUCUGUCUGUUAACAAUCUAGCGUCUAGACAGUUGCACCGAUUAACUUUAAAUUUUCAGGGUAGGUGGGCAAUGGUCCGUUGAUUACCCGAUUAAAUUUUGGGGGUGAUCGGGUCAAGGUGAAGGUCAAGGUCACUGGAAAGGUCAACCUUUUGGUCAAAAUAACAUUUUCCAUUAUAACUCAAAAACGGUUGCCGAUAGACAGAUGUUUACUAUUAUGAGCAUAUAGGAACUCCCAUAUGGCCUUUCAUUUUCCACCAUGAUCUUUGACCUAGAGUGACCUUGAAAGGUCAAACUUAAGGUCACGGAUUUUCAGAGGGCUGUAACUUGAAAACAGUUGAUGGUAGACAGAUAUUUACCAUUAUCAACUUGUAGGAAGUGCCAUAUGGGCUUUCAUUUGGCACCGUGAUCUUUGACUUGUGACUUUGUGACUUUGAAAUGUCAAGGUCAUGGAUUUUCAUAGGACUAUAACCUGACAGCUGAUUAUUGAGAAAUAUUAUCAUUAUCAACAUAUAGGCAUAAAAUAAGUGCUGCCAGGCGAGGUUUGUUUUGCCUGGCAACACUCGUUACAUAUUAUGAUAUUAACAUUUACUUUUUACAUGAUACAAAAAUGGCUUUCAGUGUCCUUGUUCACUUGAAUGAAUUCACCCCUGACAUUUUUGUUGAUAUUCAGAGAUCUUUGGGAAUACAGUACUAUCAUGAGAAUGAUGGGUGGGAUGGUGGAACUCCAAACACCGUGGUCAGUAAUGAGCGAAAAUAAGGACAUGCAAGGCUGACCCCGAGCUUUUCCACCACUCGCAGAACAGUAUUUAUAACUCUUCUUUCAAUCAAAGCCAUUGUUACUCCCUGUCACAUGCCUUCAGUCACAUGGGCCUGAGAUUAUAGAGUAUGAGAGAUGGAGACAGAUACAGAGAGUGCAUGAUUUCACCAUGUUUUACUGAAGAUGAUGAUUAAUCAAUCAUGUCCUGCCGUUCAAUUACAUGCUACAAUAGAGUGAGCACAUUUUAGGAAUACAUUGUUUUUUGGGCUGUUCAGGUUAGUUGAAUCUAAUUUGUUUGAGGAAAAAAUAACUUCACAGGCACUUGGAGAGAGCGAGCGAAAGAGAGAGGAAUGGUAGACCUACAGAAAUACAUCCUUACUACAAAUGUCAGAUACCUUUUAAAAUGAACAUUUAACUACUCUAUUUUACCAUUGAGUACUGAAAUGUAUAAAGGAGCCGAGUAUUUUAUGCUAUCAGAGCUAACAUUAGUAGUAGCGCAAGAUUAUAUGUCUGUGUUUGUAUCACAUGAUGGACCGGCCACUUUAAAGCUGUACUGACUUUCAGAUUUUUCAAGUGUAGGUCAUAAAAAGAAUUCUCCCCAACACCCAAUUAUUUUUGUUUAGUGGACCGAAAGCUACUGAAUUCGAAUCACAGACUUCCAAUUUUAUUAGUUUUUUUUAAAUCGAAUGAUUAAUGAAUUUAGGACACAUGGCCCUAAAUUCUCCGCUAUUUUUUUCCUGCUUCACCAUGACACAAUUCAAGAUACUAUGUCAUGAAUCACCGACUAGUGGCCUAGUGGUAGCGUGUCCGCCUCUCGAUCGGGAGAUCGUGAGUUCUAUUCACGGUCGGGUCAUACCAAAGACCAUUAUAAAAAUGGUACCUACUACCAUCUGGCAAGGCACGCUGCAAUACAGAUGUGCAUGGGGAGUUAAACUCUCGUGGUUACCAGAGGACUAGCCCCCCACUGUAACCCUAGCUAUGUAAUAGACGAGAGGCCGAGGGCUACGGAAACGGAGAUCAGCGCCGCCCGAUGCGCCACCAUCAGAGUUGGGCCUGGUUAGUACUUGAGUGGGAGACUGCCUAGGAAUACCAGGUACUGUAGGCGCGGGAAGGACUUUGACUUUUUUUUGAUGUCAUGAAUCAUGUGGUGGGCUUUCCCCGUUCGUGCAGGGCAUUGUGGGAUACAAAUUUGAAACAGGAGAGUGUACAAAUGAAAUGUGAAAGACUGAAUACAGUAACGGAAAGUGAGAAGAAAACACGUUAUGUUGUGAAGGAAAGGAAACGCAGGACCAAACUAAUAAAUAUCGGCAGUCAGCGAGCACCUCGGUGUGAUCAGCUGUUCGUUUUUAGUGACAGAAUGAUGGAACUGUCAGUGCAUGGUCAAGGUAAACCUGUAGAUGGCAGUAAUGCAACACUGUGGAUGCCAGCUGCUGUAAAACCGAAAAGAAGAAGACGACGCCAACACCGAAAGAUGCAGGAGGAGGAGGAGCACUCAGUAGGAGAGACAGAUGAAAGGUUGGAGGAGGAAGAGGAGAGAGAGGAGGAAGAGGAGGAGGAGAGCAGCCCAGUGUCAGCUGACCCCCAGACACCCAUGGAGGCCCAAAAAGCCGCCAUCUACAGGCACCCACUGUUCCCCCUGCUGGCACUUUUAUUUGAGAAGUGUGAGCAGUCCACGCAGCGCUCCGAGUGUGUGACGUCAGCCAGCUUCGACAUGGACAUCCAGAACUUUGUGCGGAGUCAGGAUAAGGAGAGCAAGUCCUUCUUCAGCGAGGACCCUGAGCUCGACAACCUGAUGGUGAAGGCGAUUCAGGUGCUGCGUAUCCACCUGCUGGAGCUGGAGAAAGUGAGCGACCUGUGUAAAGACUUCUGCAGCCGCUAUAUCGCCUGCCUGAAGACGAAAAUGAACAGCGAGACACUAUUGAGCAGCACUGAUCCGGCCAGUCCGUACUCACCGACACAGGCUCAGACUCCAAGCUCUUUCUCUGGGACUGUGAGUCCACAGGGGAUCGUAGUACCAACAUCCGCCUUACAACAGGGCAGCCUUACUGUGACGGCGGUAAACCCCACACAGGUGGUGUCAGGUGGCACAGUUUAUCAGCCAGUAACUGUUGUGACUCCACAAGGCCAGGUGGUUACCCAGGCCCUCUCACCUGGCACAAUACGCAUCCAGAAUUCACAGCUCCAGUUGCAGCUCAACCAGGACCUCAGCUUCCUGAGUCAAGAUGAAAACUCGUCUAAGGCCAAGCGGGGCAUUCUGCCCAAACACGCCACCAGCGUCAUGCGUUCUUGGCUCUUCCAGCACAUUGGGCAUCCAUAUCCUACGGAAGAAGAAAAGAAACAGAUCGCACUGCAGACUAACCUCACCCUGCUGCAAGUUAACAACUGGUUCAUAAAUGCGCGAAGGCGGAUUCUGCAGCCGAUGCUAGACGCCAGCUCAUCAGAUGUGCCCAAGAACAAAAAGAAAACGCCACAGACUCGUCCACUUCAGCGCUUCUGGCCAGACUCUCUUGCAUCCUCAGUCUCCCAGCAACAGGUUACCAUGGAAGAUGGUACCAUGGUAUCAGUUAGCAUGGUAGGAGGAGAGGACGGGCUGCAGACGCUGUCGUCAGACGGAGCAACGCUGGCCAUGCAGCAAGUGAUGAUGGGAGGCCACAGCGAGGAUGAUGAAGACGAUGAUGAAGAUGACGAAGAGGACAAUCUAUCCCACUCCGACAUGACCAGGCUAGGUCUGGAAACCAGUGACUCACUGUAGGAAUGAGAAAUUAGAUUCUCUCAUACACACACACACACACACGCACGCACACUCUGCCAGGGAUGUCGAGAGACACAUUAAAGGAUGUUGUUAAAGAGAUAUUGUUUAAGAAAGUGAAGAAAAAAAAAACACACGAAGGAUUAAGAGAGGAAACGAAAGAAGGAGAGACAUUUUCUCACUGUGCGGUCAAGUGCAUGGUCACAUACUGUAUCUCAUGUUAUGGACAAUCAGGUUGUCAAACAUCCUGAUGAUUAAUCGAUCAGAAGGCUCAAAGCCAUACACGAUUAAAAAAUGGAGUUUAUGUACACACACACACACACGCAUAUGAUAAGCACAAUCGUACAAUAUGUCUGGGGUUUCUUGCACAGUGAGGAUAUGCAUCAGUUUCAUUUCAAAACUUGUCUUUUUGUUUCUUUGUUUGUCUGUUCAGCAGCACAAAGGAAACCUCAUGCACUUUUUAGUAUGUUACUGUAAAACAGCCAAAAGAAAAGAGAACGCGUAGGUCAAUGCUGGAUGAUUUGGCUUUCCUUGUCCUCGUCUCCUUGGAUGAGAUUGUGUCUCUUGCAUGCCUGUGUUUGCGUUGUUUUCAGGCACCAGAGAAGAAGAAACUAUUUUUAUAUUUACACUGCUGAUGAAUCGGUGCCCCUUUGCUUUGGCUCAGUUUUGCUGUGUUUUUGGUAAAGGACAGUUUAUGUUGGCGAUGAUUGAUAAGUCACUUUUUUUGAUAUGAUGGCCCAGUUUAGGGGGAAUUUUGAUAAAGCUUAAUACCUGAAAAUACAAAGAAAGAGCUUUUGCUAUAGUUAUAAGUAGGAACAAAAAGUACAAGGCCUUACAUGUUUCAUUUUAUGACUCGAAACUGGCCUCACGUUUGUCUGAUUAAACUAACCAGCACUUCUGCUACAGCUUUAGUCUCCAGGAAAACCAAGACGCAUGAAAAGUAACAGUUAAUCAAUUCCUAAUAUCUUCCUGUUCUGAAUUACAACACUGUUUUUACACACCAUUGUCGAUUAUUUUUUUCUUUCCUUUCAGAACCACAUGCUUAUGAAGUUUAUAAAUGUAAAGUUAUGAUGUCAGCUAUUACAUAUUUGCUAUUAAAUUGGGAUUUAUCCACGACUCCAUGACGGCUAUCUGCAUCCAUCCAUUAUCUAGACCACUCAUCUAUUGGGGUCACGGGGAAGCUGGAGCCAAUCUCAGUUGACUUCAGGCGAGAGGUGGGGUUCACCCUGGGCAAGUCACCAAUCUAUCGCAGAUCUAUCAAUCUAUCACAGAGACAAGCAACAAAAAUUCACACUCGCAUUCACACCACCGUGCCACCCCAGCUACCUACAUAUCUGUUCUAAAAUGUCGAAUGGACGAAUGAAUCCGAGCUUGUUAGCAAGUUGAUGGAGGUCCAAAGAAGAUGAACUGUGAAGAUCUCUAAUAAACUCUCUUCAACUGCAUUGUACUUCUGGCCAAGUGGUCUUGAAUGAACAGUUAGAUUCAACCCAGUAUUCUGAUCGAUGCUUCCUCGAUUCUUUAUCCUUUAGCCCAUGACUCAAAACUUUCUCAGAGCUCUCUGCCAUCUUUAAAGAGGUCAGCUCACCCUUCCUCUGUGCCAAGUAGCGACCAUUUUCACAUCCACUGCUUGAAACAAAACAAUCUGGUAACACCCUGUGCCUCCUUUUUCUUCUGCUCCCGUUAGGGGUUGCCACAGCUGAUCUUUUCCAUUUGGCAUAGGUUUUACUACACCAGAUGCCCUUCCUGACGCAACCCUCUUGGGACUGGCACUAAGUUUACACUGGCUUCUGCAAACCCAGUGGCUGGGUAUUUUACCUAACUGCACGUCUUUGGACUUGUGGGGGAAACCAGAGCACCCGGAGGAAACCCACACAGACACGAGGAGAACAUACAAACUCCACACAGAAAGGCCCUCGUCGGCCACUGGGCUCGAACCCAGAACCUUCUUGCUGUGAUGUAACAUUGCUAACCACAACACCACUGUGCCGCCCUGGUGACAUCCAACACUACAGGUCAUAAAUUGUAACAUGAAACUGAAGAUAAAAGUGGUUCUAAUUUAUUCAUAUUCUUUUGACUGAUCCGUUCCAUUUUUGUCUGGUUAUUCCAGUGUAAUGCACCUGAAUCCGCCUCGGCUGUCUCACGGGCAGCCAUGAAAGAAAGAAAAUAUCAGGCAGAUUCUAUGCAUGUGACACGAAAAGAAGAAAAAGUACGGGAACGAUUUCGAAGGGAUCAUUAGCAGUCAAUUUGCAGAGGUUUUGUUGCACAAAGAGCUAGCAGAACAGCAGUCAUGUGCUUUCAAAACAAAAACGACAAACUGGAAGGGUGAGUCAGCCCCUUUAAGGCAUAAUUAUAUUUUUUUAAAGGAGCUGUUUGUAAUUCUUGAGCCCAGCGCUUCCUAUGAGGUGAACUGCCCUGCCAUUGCAAUGAAAACAUGGGCUCUUGUGAGUUGCCUUUGAAGAAAAAAUGUAAAGAGAGGGGACAGAGCUUAUUUCUGGGCCAGAAAAAUGUAAAUGGAAACCUGAAACAAAGAACAUGCUGAGAUCCUGUACAUCACAGUAUUUCUAAUCACAGUAUUUCCAAGGACUUAUCAUUAAAAUUAUACAAUUUUAUAUGUCCAGCAGCACUUUUAAAAAUUACAAACUGCUCCUUUAAAUGCGUUCAGAGGAAUCGUGUAGAGAGAAAAGAGAAGGUUUUCGGGAUGAAUGUACGAGCUUUUGUUUGUUUUAAUUCCUUUUUUUAGGUUUUAAUUCUAGUGCUUGAUAUAUACCAUAAGCUUAUGAUGUCAAUCCUCCGCUUUCUCAAAAAAAAUGAUAACAGCAAGUCUACAAUCCAUGAUCUAUAAAUACAAAACAAAAUCUGCCAAAUAAGACACAAAUAAUUUCAGUUCCUCGAUUCUUCUUGAAUCCCUUCCUUGCAUUUCAGUACAGGAAGUGCUGCAAGAAAAGGAAGCACCCAUCAGCCCCAGGUUGUGCCUUCCUGCCCCUAUACUGCAAAAGGCCAUUUGUAUGAUGGAUGUAGGGAAAGUCGACAAAGGUGUGAUAAAAACAUCAUUAAAACCUUUUUUUUUUAAUCAGAUAUUCUUCAAGAAGGGGAAGCAGGUACAUUUUUCAGGAUGCAUAUCAUAAACAGUCCAUAAGAAUGGAUCUAAUCAUGGCCUUUGAUUAAGAACACAAUCACCGUUUCUUUAUUUUUCUCCAUUAUUGCAGUGGAACACUUCCAAGCCGUCAUUUUGGCCUCCUUGAAUGGUUUUCCAUCAUAACCAAGCUGAGACAGUUAGUGUUUUGAAUAUGUAAAGAUUUAUUGCAUGGGUUUGUACUUUAUUGCUGUAAAGAAAUAAAAACACUAUUAUUUCCAAGCAUUGUUGUACUUUACAGUAGAAAAUAUGUAGGCAUACAUACAACGUGUGAAGUUGCACAAUGUAAACUAUUAAGGAAAAAAGUGUACAGUCGGCCAGUUUUCAUUUCUUAAACCCUUCACUCCUGGGAAGCUCCACAUCAUGUUCAUUAAAACUGUAGCCGAUAUUUUUUUGUUGUUGCUGUAGUUGUGGUUUUUUGACUGCAUUUUGCCAAAUCUUAACAUUUUAAUUUCUGAAAUGUAUCCAUUUUAAAAUAAGAGCUUUUGUGUCAUUUUGGAUUUCAAUUUGGGUUUUGUUUUUUUUGGUCAUUUUUUUUUUCUUUCCGCUUUCUCUUCAGCUUUCUUAUCACAGUGCAGUUUUAUUUUACAGCCGUCGCUGUGUGUUGGUGAAAAGAUCAGCGCUGAUCUGACUUCAUUUAGUUUUGCAUGGUGGGUUUCCACAUGCUGCAUGUUUCCCUUCGAGCUUUAUAAACCGAACACCUCACCUGAAUAUGCUAAUGUGAUGCUAACAGGACUUGGCUAACGACGAAUGAGUUUGAUUACAUGGGCAUAAUGCUAAUGUGCCCCCCAAUAGCCUUCAUUUAUUGUUAGAAACAUUUUUCAGGUGAAAUAUUCAAUUAAAAAUUGAACUGUUUUUAAGCUACUCGAGCUGCUUUUCACACUCGCGCUCAUGUUUGCCUUUCUCUGUUUUGUAAUAAACUCAACAAUUGAGUAAA